AUGGCCCGUUUCGGCGCCGGUUGCGCUCUAUCGAGACUGGAGUACGCGAUCGCUAAAGCCCAGAACCACGCGAAAAUCCCAGGGAUCCGUGUGAGAUAUGCAGCCUCCUUUACGAUACAGGAGCGUAUUCCGUGUAGAAAAGCAGGCUUGGAGUGCCGAAAACGCCUCAGGCAUCCGCUUAGCUGUACCAAUUCGGCCCAGUCCAAUUUCGUGCGGCGCGGACGAGCAAACCGCCGCCGAGACUUCCGAGGAGGCUCUUCAUUAAGGGAGCGGGCGGGGCGGUGCCGAGCGAUGGCUUUAUGGGACGAUUUGCAUUUACACGCGCCCGAGCACAGAUUACGGCCGCACUUACCCGCC